AAGACUAUUAAUCCUAAAAAUUUAACCAUUAAAAUCUAGAGGUAUAAUUUUGUAAUUUUGUUUUGCUUCAUAUGUUACAACCAUUUUUGUAUUCUUUAUGCAUUUUAGAACUUCGCAAUAGAUCCCAGUUAAACAUCGCCAUUCAAUUUCAAUAUCAAGUUGACGACGUGCCUUGAGGCUAGCCUUACAUACAUUUGGUGUUCGAAGAGCAAUUCCAUCUACCAAAAUGAAGGGACGUGUGAGAUGGGAUGAAAUUAAUAUUGGAAACAUUGAAGCAAACAAACCUGUGAGGCAAAAAAUUACUGAGCCGAAGACUCCGUAUCAUCCUAUGAUCGAAGAUGACAGCUCUCCAUCUCCUCAAAGAGGAGGGUCUCAUGAAUGUGAUGAUGACAAAAGCGAACCAGCAAAAGCUGAAGAAACUGCUUUUGAUAAUGCGGCCUGUUGCAGCAGAAAAAAAACUAAUGGCUGGUCAUCAUCUGAGGACGAGGAAGAAGAAACCGAACAAAUUGAUGAAGAUGCAGGUUGUAGUUUUAAAGAGCAUCGACGGGCCCAUUAUGAUGAAUUCCUUAAAGUAAAAGAACUGAGACAGCAGGCGGCUCUUCAAGAGAAUGGAAGUGACGAGGAUAAUAAUACAGAGGUCGCCGAGGAGAAGAAACCUGACGUUGACUCAUCUUCUCCGGUGAGUGCUGAAUAAAGGAAAUUCACUUUGUGGGAAAAUGGCUUCUGCUCAUUUCCUCCGACCAAAUGUUUCUUAUAUACUGUUUGAUGAAUAAGACCCUCUGUGGUUUCAUUACUUUUUAUAUUAUGGAAAGGAAAUAGCUGACCGAUUAACCAAAUCAUUUUACCGUUAGUGUAUAGAUCACUUCUUUUUCCAUUUGGUAUGUUCAACGAAACUUACAUGAUCCGUUUAGAUGCGGGUGAUAUGCCAUGUUAGAUUCUCUUAAGCACUGAGCAAAGAAUGGAAUUUUCUGCUCGAAAUUUUUUCUAGCAGUGCACUGGUUGCUUUUAAAUGGUUACAAUUAGAUGCUUUCUUGGAUGGAAUUAGAAAGAAAAAGAAAGUUUGGCAUCCUAAAAGCGUGUAUAAUGUCCCAAGUGUGUAUACUAUAGCUAGUUUUUUAAUUUUGACAGAAAGUUGAAGUUAGUUAGACAGUUAAUUUGCUAUAUUAGUUAGUGUCAGUUAUAUUCUUGAUAGCCAGUGGCAUUGGCCGAUACUUAAGUUAGGUGAUCAAUGAAACCAUAAUCUUUAACUUUCUCUUUAACUGUCAGGUCUGGGUUAAAGACCCGUAAGUUUUAUGAAUAGUUUACAAAAAUAGUUUUCUUAAAAUAAGAGUUAUUACAAAAAUGAGACAAUGGAAAUUUGAUAGAAUAUGCAUUUGAUCGAUAUCAUGAGUUAUACAAUGUUCAAACAACACAAUGAAUAUGAAACGAUAACAAUCUUAGACAAUCAAUGAGUUAAUAAAUAUAAAUUCCAUUUAAUGAGAUGUCUAAAUUGAAUUUCAUUAAUCAAUAAAAAAAUAUAAUAUUAUAGGUUAUAAAGAGAUUUAAUUACGAGAAAAGAUGAAUAAGAUGAUUUAAUCUAUUACUGACCUACAUUUAUACAACAAAUCACCUUAAGCAGAUAAAAUCUAACAACAUAUAUUAGUUCAAGCCGUUCACAAGUGUUUAUAUUAGUUCAAGGUGUUCGUCCUCACUUUGUACUUGAUUCGGUCUUCAAUUCAAAGCCAUUGAAAAUUCAUAGUCUUCCCUUUUUUAAAAUAAUUUUUACAAUGUGCGUUUAAUACAAUCAAGAAUUCAGAUAAUGCCAGAAUUAAACACAAUUAAAACAACUCAAAUCUAUAUCGUUCCUUCUUUUGAUGUAUAUAACCCAUGAAACUGAUCUCCACAAAACCAUCACUUAGCCUUGAAUGUCCACCUAAUGAGAUCCAAGAUCCGCCACAAGCAUCCGUUUUACACCUGUCUUCACUGAACUCUAUCGGUCCAUU